AUGUCUACUAUUCUACUCCAUAUCUACGAUAUCAAGUCAGAUGGCGGCUACCUCCGAGCAUCAUCGGGGGCAACUGAUGCAUUGCCGUUUAAGCACGUCAUCGAUUUUCUCACUUCACGAAUCCCUCAAUCUUUGCCUAUUUUAAGAGCAGUGCAACUCGCUCCGAAAGAUGAAGGCGCCGUUUUGAUCACUACACCUCUUCCUCCUUUGUCUAUACGAGAGCCAAAGGAGGAGGCCCCCGAGGAUACGAGUCCCGAGUCUGUAUGGACAAUGGCCUACGUGAAUCGAGCCAAUCAUCCAGGAACAGAAAUGUGGACAUUCUCAUCUUUGGAAAUGUGGCCCCUUAUAGACGGCUAUGAGCAAGCAUCGCAGAAACCCCACAUGGACCCAUGGAAACUGUUCGUGCCUUUUCCCUCUGACGUUUGCCAACUCGCAAUUCGCCAACUCAUCGCAAUACUCUCUGGAAUCCCAACUAAGUCUAGGGAUGAUGGAACAACACUCUUGGAACAAGGAGAGAAUCCAAACAGUCCUUGUAUCAAAGCUGGCAAUGUCCAUACGAGACUUGCUUCGCUCCUCGCCCAAACAUCAGUGAUUCUAAAGAGUAGCCCUCCGUACGGCAAAUACUUGUUUCGAACUGGGGGCGAUACUAUGACAAACCUCCCUCAUUCUGGAGAAGGGUCAGGUUUGCCUCCUGGGUUUCGAUGGGAACUAAUCAAGAAAUCGGAUUAUGCCGAAGUCAUGGCGCAAAACCAGCUCAUUCGAAGCACCUCAACACUUGAUAGACUCAAAGGAGUGGCAAUUAGACAGGAGAAUACGUCAAGCGCAGAUGGGCCUUCGAGGCUCGCGGCAUUUGGUUUCGCAGGCGAGGACGGGUCAGUUCGUACUUUGCAUGUUGAUCCUGAUUUCAGGCGAAUGGGGCUCGCAAAGGCCGUGGUACAACGGAUUAUCAGUCUAGGGUUUUGUUCGCCUCCCAGAAACGGGCCAUUCGCUGCCAGUGGAACGGUUCAAGAAGAACAUGAGGGCUCUCACCCCUUGGCUUUUUGUGGCGUUUUGGAAAGCAACGAAGGGAGCAUCCGGACAUUCAAAGCCAUCGGGGGAACCUGGGCCUGGGACGUCUUCUGGCUAUGGCUGGAUAUACACGAGGUAAAGAAAGCUUACGGGAUUUGA